UAUACCUUCUCUAUUAUUUAUGGUGAACAUUUUUUGUUCUUUGUCAUCAAUCAAUGUCUCUUAUAAACCACCACGUUUUCCUUUCUUUGUCAUCAAUCUCUUACUAACUCCACUAACUAACAUAAAUCAAUGUUAUGUUAGUGCGUGCUCCCUUUUUUAUUCAUGCAUUCACUUCUUAUCCUCAACAACCUUAAGCUAUGAUCUAAUCUUAUAUUUAUUGCACAGAGGAGUUUUUUGUUUUCUUAACAUUAACAACAGACUCCAACAAUGGUUUCUACUUUGUCUCACAAAUGUCUCAGUCCCUCAAUGACAACUUUCUCAAGAACCCACUUCUCAAAUCCUUUUGUGAGCUAUGGAAACAGAACAACCAAGCAGAGGAGAAAACUGAUGCAAGUAAAAGCAACAGUAAUGCAUGAAGCACCUUUUUCUGUCUCAAAGUCAACGCAUAGUGUAGCUGAGAUUGACAUGGAUCAAACUCCUCAGAAGAAGCAGCUUAAGGUACUUGUGGCUGGUGGAGGGAUUGGUGGGUUGGUUUUUGCUUUGGCUGCUAAGAGGAAAGGGUUUGAGGUAGUGGUUUUUGAGAAGGAUUUGAGUGCUAUAAGAGGGGAGGGACAGUAUAGAGGUCCAAUUCAGAUACAAAGCAAUGCUUUGGCUGCUUUGGAAGCAAUAGAUAUGAAUGUUGCUGAUGAAGUUAUGAGAGUUGGUUGCAUCACAGGUGAUAGAAUCAAUGGGCUUGUGGAUGGAGUUUCUGGGUCUUGGUACAUUAAGUUUGAUACAUUCACUCCUGCAGCAGAACGAGGGCUUCCAGUUACUAGAGUUAUUAGCCGAAUGGCUUUGCAAGAGAUUCUUGCACGUGCAGUCGGGGAUGAUGUCAUUAUGAAUGGUAGUAAUGUUGUCGAUUUCAUUGAUCAUGAAACUAAGGUAACAGUGGUGUUGGAUAAUGGUCAGAAGUAUGAUGGAGAUCUCUUGGUUGGAGCAGAUGGGAUUUGGUCCAAGGUGCGGACAAAGUUAUUUGGGUCAACAGAAGCUACAUACUCGGGCUAUACUUGUUAUACUGGUAUAGCAGACUUUGUGCCACCUGACAUUGAAUCGGUUGGGUACCGGGUAUUCUUAGGACACAAACAAUACUUUGUAUCUUCAGACGUCGGUGCUGGAAAGAUGCAAUGGUAUGCAUUUCACCAAGAACCUGCAGGAGGUGUUGAUACCCCCAAUGGGAAAAAGGAAAGGUUACUGAAGAUAUUUGAGGGGUGGUGUGAUAAUGCAAUAGAUUUGAUAGUUGCCACUGAAGAAGAGGCAAUUCUGCGACGAGAUAUAUAUGAUCGGACGCCAACACUAACAUGGGGAAAAGGACGUGUGACCUUACUUGGUGAUUCUGUUCAUGCCAUGCAGCCAAAUAUGGGCCAAGGAGGAUGCAUGGCUAUUGAGGAUGGAUAUCAACUUGCAUUUGAGUUGGAUAAUGCAUGGCAGCAAAGUGCAAAAUCAGGCUCUACAAUUGACAUUGCUUCUUCCCUUAAGAGCUACGAGAGGGAGCGAAGAUUACGAGUUACUUUUGUUCAUGGAAUGGCUAGAAUGGCAGCUUUGAUGGCUUCCACCUACAAGGCAUAUCUAGGUGUUGGUCUUGGACCCUUUGAGUUUUUAACCAAGUUUAGAAUACCACAUCCGGGAAGAGUUGGAGGAAGGUUUUUUAUUCAAAAGUCGAUGCCUUUGAUGUUGAAUUGGGUGUUAGGUGGCAAUAGCUCCAAACUUGAAGGCAGACCACUAUGUUGCAGGCUCUCAGACAAAGCAAGUGACCAGCUACACACAUGGUUUGAAGAUGACGAUGCACUUGAGCGUACUAUUAAUGGAGAAUGGAUUUUGUUACCAUGUGGAGAUGUACCAGGCCAUGUCAAACCUAUAUCUUUGAACCAAGAUGAUACAAAACCCUACAUAAUCGGGAACACCUCGGCUAUGAGUAUUGAACAAGAAGAUUAUCCGGGAAGUUUAAUCACAAUACCUUUACCUCAGGUAUCUCAAUUGCAUGCUCGAAUUAACUUCAAAGACGGUGCAUUUUUCUUGACUGAUUUACGGAGUCAACAUGGAACCUGGAUCACUGACAAUGAAGGGAGACGGUAUAUGGUAUCUCCAAAUUAUCCUGCCCGCAUCCGUCCUUCUCAUGUGAUUGAAUUUGGUUGUAAUCAGGCUUCAUAUCGUGUAAAAGUGACAAGAUCUGCUCCAAGAGUUGCUCAAAAGGAAGGGGCACAAAUUUUACAGAAAGUAUAAUCCGUACAGGAAAAACAUUUGUCUUGUAAGUUAUAGAAAAUUGGAGCCAUAGAGUCUAGUAAGUAUGAUUAAUGUUAGUUACAAUUCAUCUUGUAAGUUAUAGAAAAUUUGUACAGGAAAACCAAUUGGAGCCAUCCAACAUCUACAUUGUUUUAAUGCAAGGUAUUAUUAUACAAUGAUGCCAGCCAUUUUAGAAUUUGUACAUAUCACACAAUUUUUUUUUGUGACACUCAGAAAUAAAUUAUAUAUUACUUA